CAUAAACCAUGAUGUACAAUGAGAAGCACUUUUACCAGCAGGGUUCGGGGUGUGAGUCCUGUUUGUGUUUUGAAUUUUACUGAAUGUAGCUGUUACCAGCUUUGUUAUUAUUUAGUGCAUGUUCAUUGUUUGACUUGCUUGUGUGUUUUUUAAAUUGAGUUUGUGUGCUGUGCUGUGUUGGGCCCCUUGCAGUUCAAUACCAACAUUACGUUGCAGCCUAUUAGAGAUCUUCAAUUCAGUGACUGUCUUGCAGGGAGCUCAGUGAGUAGGUCCCUUUAUGGAAUAUUCUGGUUAAAAAGUGCUGUACCCUAUAUAAUAAUAAUCAUUAUUAUUAUUUAAAUAAUACAAAAAACAAAUUUCCAUGAGUGAAACAGGCAUUGGUCCACAUAGCAUAAUGUACUCCACUAUCAUCCAGGGCCUUCAGGUUCCAAAAAAACAUCUUGUGGCUGGUGAUAUUUUCAAGAUGGGACCAGGAUCGUUUAAAAAACUCAUGCCAUGAGUGAAACAAAUACGUUUGUACUUGUAUAUAUAAACAUAUUAACUAGCCACUAUUAAAACGUAUAAUAAUAAUCAGAACAGUCUCGAACUACAUGCCCAUGCACUUGUGAGAGUGAGAAAUGCACUCUGAGCCAGUAAUGAAUAACAAUUAAAUACUGCUAAAUUAAGUGGGUUGUACUAAAAAUUAAGCAGGCACCAAAGUACGAUGUAGUUCGAUGUAUUUUCAGUGGUGUUUUGCAACAAGAUACACACUAUCUUCCAGGAUAUCUUAAUUCAGCGGAAUUUUUAAGCUGUUAAUAUAUAAUAUCCACGUUGUAUCCACUAUAAUAGCUCUCCAAUCAUCCCCGCUACUAGCCCUGGAAUGAUACACCUCCUACCAUCCUUGCUAUAAUCCCUCCUAUAAUAUCCCCCGCUAUCAUAACUGCUACCAACCCUCCUAUGAUAUCCCUCAUAAUCAUAUGAUAUCGUACAUUCCUACAACCCUUGCUAUCGCCCCUGUUAUGAUAUCUUUGCUAUCUUCACCACUAUAAUCCCUUCUAUCAGUCGCGUGCUGCUGCUGCUUCUUUCCAGAAUGGAGCAAGCGGACAUGCGGUGCUUCUGAGGCACAGACGUGACGGGUGGCGGCGCGCUUGGGCGCGUUUCAGUACGCCUGCUGGCGCAGCGAUCCUGCACAUCGCGGCGCUACGGACCGCACAAACCGCUGAACCGCCAUUCCCCGGCGGCCGUCCGUCUCCACGGUAUGGCCCACAACUGAUGCUGAAGGUGCUGGCGAUGGCAGAAGGGCUUCAUGUUGGCACGAUGCCCUCUACUCAGCUGGCUGCAGGAGCUGAAGCAAAAAAAAGGCCGGGUACAUCAGAUGGCAGGGAAGAGCCGGUGAGGAAGAUGCCUGUGUCCAAGUUUGGUCCCAGACCACGAUUUGAGCCCGUACACUUUGUGAGCAGCGGCGUGGGCGGAGGAACUAUUGGCAGCACCGACGAGAAGGAGAACGAGAAGGACCGCAGGAGAGGGGAGGUGUACGGCACCAGGCAGAGGGAUGCCAACAACCCCAGUUUCCACGGAGGCAGGCCCUACGGGUCGCCUGCUGCGUACCCUGCCUUCCGCAGAGCAGUGUCUUACACACCUGACCCCUGGCAUGAGCAGGGGGACAGGGACUUGGUUGCUGGCGGCACGACCGGCCUGGGCUUCGGGAGCAGGGGGUCCGGCUCAAACUUUAUGAGCCGUAUGCAGCAGGACUACAUGGGGCGGCCUGAGAUGCCUGGUGCCAGGCAGUCUGGGUACCCCUCCCAGGUACACAGGUUUGAUGAGUACACAGGGCCUCGUUCCGGUACCUGGGAUUCAGGACGGCAGGGUUUUGGGUACCAGGACAGGCCUUCAUCUAGCCGGGCUAUUAGCAGAGUGUAUGGAAGUUCAUCUUCCCAGCCUACUUCUGGUAAUCUUGCCCCUAUUACCCAGUCCACACUGGAUGAGAAGCAGAGGCUCAUCGCCAGGGUGACAUCUGCCUUAAUGGCCACUUUUAAAGACCCCUCAUGCAUGAAUGGCCCAGACACGACAAACUACAACUUCAUUCUCAGCCGCAGCAUCCAGGCCUGUAAGACGAACCCGGAGUACAUCUACGUCAACCUGAAGGACAUCCCACCCGCGGACCUACCCAGGAACCGCAAGGUGCCCUCGGAUGGCUAUGCCUGUGAACUGCGUUGUCAGUGUGUGUAUCUGGCCACUGGCUACUCGGGCAGUAAGAACGGAGCUCGGGACCGGGCAUCUGAGCAGGCCGUCAAGCUCUUUAUGAAGCCUGUGGAGGUGCGGGUGGUCCAGCGCCGGUACAGGCACACGUACGUUAAUGACAUGGUGGUAUGCCAAGUACAUUCCCCAACGCCUUCCUUCCUGCCUGCCCUGCGCAAUCCUGAGGAAAAGCCGCCCCCGAGCUCUAGGGGCCAAUACGAGCACGACAAGCGCAAACACUGGUCUGAGUUCGUGAUCGUGGACAACGCUCAUGAUGCCAUCUGCAUACUCAACAACUCCGCCGCCUUCAACCGAAUGAAGAUAGAUUACAAGUUCGAUCUCCUGCCCAACAGCAGCACAUGGAGGUGCAGUGUCUACCUACAGGAUGAGCUGGUGGCCCAGGCCAAUGGAAACAAGAAGACCUCCAAGCACGCAGCAGCUGAGGAAGCCCUACGGAAGCUGCGUAUGAACCAAGCGGCCAAGCAGCAGCAGCAGUUUUCUAGAGGAAACCACUACGAAGCUCCGGGGGGGCGCUAUGGCACUCGCAAGAAGCACUUAAGCGAGCUUGUCAUCCUAGAAAACUCGGAUAACGCCAUCUGCAUCAUCAACGACACAGCCCAGUUCAACAAGGUCGCAGCUGACUACAAGUUUGCAGUUCUGCCGGAUCACCGCUGGAAGUGUGAUGUGUAUCUAGAGGGCCAGUACGUAGCCUCCGGGAUAGGGCCAAAGAAGACGGUGAAGCACAUUGCAGCUGAGGAAGCCUUGGCCACCUUACGGCAGACACAGGCUGUAGUGAAGUCCAACCUGAGAAAGGAGGGCAACGUCGAUGUCAUUUCCCGCAACCAGAUCCUUGCCCGUGUUGGGGAAGACGCGUCACGGCAAGAGAUCAAGGAGGACAACAUUGGGAACCAAAUGUUACGCAAGAUGGGCUGGAAGGGUGGCGGGCUCGGCCGGGAUGGGGAGGGCAUCGCAGAGCCGAUCCGAGUGAAAGAGCAGUUCUCCAGGGAAGGGCUGGGCUUGGAUGCAGACAAACCAGGCAAUCAGCUUAGCAAGAAGGACAUCGAGGACAUUAUCCGUGAAUACGCCAGCUCGGAUCGGCAGGACGACCUGCGCUUCUCCACAGAACUGAAUAAUGAUGAGCGCAAGCAGAUCCAUCAGGUGUCGCAGAAGUAUGGCCUGCGCAGCAAGUCCUAUGGUCAGGGCCGCCAGCGUUUCCUCAUUGUUAGUCGUAAAGUGCACAAGGACCAGCUGAUUGACCAGCUCCUACAGGAGGGCCAGGUUGGCCGUUACGAGCUCGUGAAACCUCAGGCCUCGCAUUGACUUACCAAAACGUUCUAGGAUGGCACAAGGCUGCUACAGGAAAAACUUUGUGAAGCUCGUGGCUAGACAUUUCUGCUUUAUACAAAGUAACGGCGUAUUCCGAAGGCGUGUGACUUUCGGAAAGCCCUCCGUUCUGUAUUCCUCGUCCUACAGAAGUGAAGAAUGAGUGAUGUGCUUACCAGAGGCAAAUUUGUAUUUAUUUUUGUAUGGGUCUGCUCUCCUUCUGUCCAUCUCUAAAGCUGUCAUUCCACUAGUCAAAGUUCAACCUGCUGUAGCUGUUGCCCUUUUGUUCUCGUAUGAAGAUGAAGUGGAAAUGUUAUGGUUAGUCUUCUCACACGAGCCACCUUUUACAAGACCAGCUUCCCUGUGAAUUGCAUUUGAAGUCAUUGACCUUUCACCUCAUAUUAAAGUGACUGAUAGCAUUGAUGAUCAGCUCUUUAACUGUGGGUUGCCUGGGAUCUUAACCCAGUUCCCUAGGUAGGUAUUCCCUGUAGAGGGAAACUCACAUUGGUUAUUGGCAUGUUAAAGACCGGGCUUGGACCUUGAUGUUGAAGAUGGGGGGGGGGAAAAAGAGAAUAACCUGACAUGUAAAAAUGGCAACAUCAUUCUCUGCUGUUUUAUGUUCUCUGUACAAGUGGAAGGUAAAGGUUGUGUUAAAGUCAAGGCUGCCUGUGAGUUGGCCACUUUGAUUCCGGUCUGCUGUACUGUCCGUUUGUUAAGUUUCAGUGAAUACAGAUGACCCUUCUGUUUCUACAGCUGUAUUAACUAUUAAUAACAAAUAAAUAUAUCACUGAAGCGAUUAA